CGACAACGACAACUUGUUGAACUAAAGACGAUGACGGUUGAUUGGUUUUAGUUUGGUUCAUAUUUCAGUUAGUUGAUGAUGAUGAUGAUGAUGAUGUUUUUUUCUGUUUCAGACAAACGAUGAAAUGAGGAAAAAAAAUUAACUAUUUAAUCAAUCGAUUUGAUUCGAUUCGAAAGAAUUUUUUGUUGUUGCUUCUGGUGGAUCGAUGUUGAAUAUUUGUAUAUAAAAAUAUCAUCAUGAAUUAAUUUGGUUGCCACACAUCGAAAAUUUCUUCUUCUACUGAAAAAAAAGUCCAUAAACCAACGACAAAAUCAUCAAUUGUUCCAUUCAUUCAUUCAUUCAUCAUUAGGAAAUCAAAAAAAAAAUGGCAAGCAAAGUAAUCAAUACAACCAGUUCGAAUACACUGGUAUCAUCAUCAUCGACAUCAUUUUGUAAUCAUUGUAAAGAUAAAAUUGAUAAAACAAAUACCACCACAUUGAAUCCAACAUCACAAUCAACAACAUUAGAAAAUCAAGAAUCAUCAUCAUCAUCAUCAUCAGCAGCAUUAAAAUAUCAAGAAUUAAUUAAUCCAUAUCGACAACAAAGUUAUUUAAGUCGUAAAGAGAUUGCAUUACUUAAAAGUCGUGCUGCAACGACGACGACGACCACGACCACAGCAAUAUUGAAUGAUUGGCCAUCAAAGUGUAAAACAUUAUUGAAUCAUUUGAAUAUUGAUAAUGAAAUAGAACAAAAUCCACAUCAAUAUCAUCAUCAUCAUCAUCAUAAUCAUCAGGAGACGAUAUUAAAUGGCCAACAAAAAUUAUUGAAUAAUAGUGACAGAAUUGCAUCAUCAUCAUCAUCAUCUGCGAAAUUUAAAUCAUCAUCAAAUAAUCAUGAUGAUCAUGAUUGUAGCAAUAGCAAUAAUAGUAAUGAUGAUGAUGAUUGUAAAUCAAAAAUUUACAUUGAAAAUAAUGUUCCAACAUUAAAUUCAUGUUCAUCACCGACAACUAUAAAUCGAACAACAACAAAUAGCCACAAUGAUUCUUUGAUAUAUAAUGGACGAUCUGAACCACCAAUGCCAUGGUUUGGCAUGGACAUUGGUGGUACAUUAGUGAAAUUAGUUUAUUUUGAACCAACAGAUCUGCCACCGGAUAUGAAAACCGAUGAAACAGAAAUUCUCGACCAAAUUCGUCAUUAUUUAUGUAGUAGUUCAUCAUAUGGAAAAACCGGUAUCAGGGAUAUACACUUGCAGAUGGAUAAUUGUUGUAUUAAUAAUCGAAUCGGGACAUUGCAUUUUAUUCGUUUUCCAACUUCGGAAAUGCCUGUAUUCAUGAAAAUGGCCGCUUCGAAAGGAUUGGCAUCAACAUCAAGCACAAUUUGUGCUACCGGUGGUGGUGCAUUCAAAUUCGAACAAGAUUUCCAACGUGAAUGUCGACUACAAUUACAUAAAUUUGAUGAAUUAGACUCAUUAAUACAUGGUCUGCAUUAUAUUGAAGCAUCAAAUCCACAUGAAUGUUAUUAUUUCGAGAAUGCACGUUCACCAUCAUUGGCAUUGAAGCGACCAUUUGAUUUUUCACGGCCAUAUCCAUUUCUUGUUGUCAAUAUUGGUUCUGGUGUUAGCAUUUUGGCCGUGUAUUCUCCGGAUUCAUAUCGUCGUGUUAGUGGUUCUAGCCUCGGUGGUGGAACAUUUCUUGGCCUAUGUUCAUUACUUACUGGUUGUGACACAUUUGAAGAUGCCAUUAAAUUAGCUGCACAGGGUGAUUCAACUAAAGUGGAUAAAUCUGUACGUGACAUUUAUGGUGGUGAUUAUUCAAAAUUUCGUCUGUCUGCCGAUACUGUUGCAUCAAGUUUUGGACAAAUGUGUUCACGAACAAAACGUGAACAAGUGACGAAAGCCGAUCUAGCACGUGCAACAUUGGUUACAAUAACAAAUAAUAUCGGAUCGAUUGCAAAAAUGUGCGCCAUAAGUGAACAUAUUGAUCGUGUAUUAUUUGUUGGAAAUUUUUUACGUGUCAAUGAAAUUUCAUUAAAAUUAUUGGCAUAUGCAAUGGAUUAUUGGUCAGAAGGACAGAUGAAAGCAUUAUUCUUGGAACAUGAAGGUUAUUUUGGUGCUGUUGGUUGUCUAUUGGAAUUGAUGAAAACUGGUAAUCAAUGAAUCAAUGAAACCGGUGAAUAUGUGCACCAUAUAUAUAUGUUGUUAACAUGUGAAUUCAAAAAUUUUAUUACUUAGGUGUUGUGCUUAUCGUUGCCUCUUUCUCUCUAUCUGAUUUGAAUUUUCAAAACACAAAAACAUUCAAUCAAUCGAUUGAUCGAUUAACUCGUGUGUUGUGAGUUUUUCCUUUCUUUGUUUCUUUCUUUACAUUCGAGACUUUUAUCA